AUGGUCGAUUGUUGUGUAAAAUUCGAUGAAAAAAUAUAUCAUGAUAUAUGUUCUUCAAAUCAUUUUAAAGAAUUUAGAUAUGUUAUAUUUAAUAUAAAUGUAAAAGAUUCAUAUUUACCUUCAAGAGAUAAACCACCAAAAAUGGUUGAUAUAAUUAAUAUUUCUUCAUCAGAAUUUUCAUUAUUACCACGAAGAAAACAAUUAAGUAGAAUUACUAUUGAAAUGACAGCUACCCAACCUACAAAAUCAAUUAACUCAAUUGGUAGUUCAUUUGAAUUAGUAGCAAUUAAACCAAUGUCAGAUAAAGUAUUUGUUGAUGCAUGUACUUCAUUUCAAAUUGACUUAAUCACAUUUAAUUAUUCAGAACAACUCUCGUUUAGAUUUCAUGUUCCUACAUUAAGAACAGCAAUGAAUCGAGGAUUAUUUUUCGAAAUAGAUUUAUCUCCAUUACUUGAACAAUCUGAUCAAAAGCAAAAACAAAGUUUUAUUUUAAAUGCUACUGAUCUUAUUACAGCUACAAAAGGAAAAAGUAUUAUUUUAUCAAGUGGUGCAACAACAAUAAAUGGAUUUAAAGGUACAAAAGAUCUUAUUGCUAUGGGAAUAAUGUUAGGACUAACUACAUCACAAGCAUAUGAUGCUGUUUAUGUUAAUCCAAUGAAAUGUAUUACAAGAUCACGUAGAAGAUUUCCUAUUAAUGCGAUGAUAGCAAUAGAGUAA